GUGUCCGGCCUGGCCGUGGAUCAUGUGGCUGAAUCCAGAGGAAGUUUUGCUGAAAAACGCGCUGAAGCUUUGGGUGACGGAGAGAAGCAACGAUUUCUUCCUCCUGCAGCGACGCCGAGGACACGGAGACUCUGGGGGCAAACUCUCAGGUCUCCUGGUGGGCGCGCUGGACACGAUGCUGGACUCCAACGCCAGGGUCACGCCCUUCAGGAUCCUCCACCAGGUCCCCUCCUCCCAGGUCAGCUGGGUCAUCGCUAGUGGGGCCACCAUAGAGGAGGUCAGCCGCCACUGGGACUGGCUGAACCACAAUGUUCUCCACUUGCUCUCGGUUUUCGAGAACAAGGUCGACAUCUCCAGCUUCGUUAAAGGGAAGGUCAAGGGUCUGAUAGCGCAGGAGGCGCGGGGUCGACAGACGGCCCAGGAGGAGGACCCGGAGCGCUUCCGGGAGGCGCUCCAGAAGUUCAAGCUGCACUUCGGCCUCCCGCCACAGGAGGUGCUGGUGGCGCAGUUCCCCUGCUGCUGCUGGAAGGGCCGGGUCCCACGCCAGGGCGUACUGUACCUCAGCACCAAUCACAUGGCAUUCUACUCCUUCCUGCUGGGCAAGGAAGUAAGGUUUGUGGUGCCGUGGGCGGAGGUGAGACGGGUGGAGCGUGUGUCUGCGGGCCUGAUGACGGAGGUGGUGCGGGUGGGCACCAGGCAGCGGCAGCGGGACUUCUCCAUGUUCCUGAACCUGGACGAGGCCUUUGGGCUCGUGGCCCAGCUGGCCGACAUCGCCCUGCGGAGGCUGCUGGACAGCGAGGGCCUGGAGCUGGACCGCUCGCUGCAGCAGCCGGCCCGCAUGACCAAGAGGGUUCUGGAGGAGCAGGCUCUGAGGGACUACGUCCUGGCUCUGUUCUGGCUGCCCCGGGCCGAGCGGCUCCACGAGGUGGCCUCCUGCUCCGUGUGGGCCCCCCACGCCCGCGCGCACACGGCCGGGACCCUCUACGCCACCGACAGCUACCUGGGCUUCUCCGGCCGGGGGGAGGGCACCUGUCUGCUGCUCAUACCCCUCUGUGAGGUACUGUCGAUAGAGAAGGCCGAGAGCUCCAGCCCGCUGCCCAACCCGGUGAUAGUGAGCAUUCGAAGUAAGAAGGCCUUCCAGUUCAUCGAGCUGCAGGACAGAGACGACCUGGUGGUCAGCCUCAACGACCGGCUCAGAGCGCUGCAGUGGAAACACUCCAUGUAUGCCAACAAACCUGCCCGGAAACCACUGAGCCCCCAGACACCCUACUACACCUUCUACUAUGACACGGGCUGCUCCGACGAGGAGGAGGUGGAGGAGCACGUGCUGCGCAACACCGUCAACACAGAGGCCCUUAUGACCGCCUUCAACCACGGGCUCCAUGGAGAUAACAACCUCCACAGCAAGAGUAUGGAGGAGCGUCUGCUGCUGCUGUGGGAGGAUCACUUCAGUGAGUUCGGACGCGGCGUCCACAUGUUCCGCACCGACAGGAUGGACAGGCUGGUUGCUAUGGGGAUCCCAGACUCACUGAGAGGAGACCUUUGGAUGACCCUAUCUGGCGCGGCGACGGAGCUGGCCUCCCACCAGGGUUACUACACCGACCUGGUGCAGCGGGCCAUGGGCCAGAGCACCCUGGCCACAGAGGAGAUCGAGAGGGACCUCCACCGCUCUCUCCCUGACCACCCCGCCUUCCAGAACCCCACCGGCAUCGCCGCCCUCCGGAGGGUGCUCACCGCCUACGCCCACCGCAACCCCAAGAUCGGAUACUGCCAGUCUAUGAACAUCGUGGCGUCGGUGCUGCUGCUGUACUGCCGGGAGGAGGAGGCCUUCUGGCUGUUGGUCGCUGUCUGUGAGAGGAUGCUGCCCGACUAUUUCAACCGCAGGGUCAUAGGAGCCCAGGUUGACCAGUCUGUGUUUGAGGAGCUGAUCCGGGAACGUCUCCCUGAGCUGGCGGAGCAGAUCCCGGACCUGUCGUCGCUGUCGUCCCUGUCCCUGUCCUGGUUCCUCACCCUCUUCCUCAGUGUGCUGCCCUUCCCCAGCGCCCUCUGCGUGCUGGACUGCUUCUUCUCCCAGGGCAUCCAGGCUGUCUUCCAGCUGGGCCUGGCUGUGAUGCAGGCAAACGCGUCGCAGCUCAGUGCCAGCUCCGACGAGGGACAAGCCCUCAUGGUGCUCAGCAGUUUUCUGGACCAGGUGAAGCUUGAGGAGGAGCCGGUUUCUCCACCUCUUUCACCACCUGCGAUGGAGGAGAACAGCAUCAUCAUCUCCCCCACUAGACCCCCCGUCAUCACAGACCUCCUCAUGGACUCCUACCAGAAAUUCGGAGAUCUGUCGGUGAGACAGCUAGAGAGACUCCGGUGUCGACACAGAAUCCUCGUUCUGCAGGCCCAUGAAGACACCAGCAAAGAGAACACACUGAGGGUCGUAACCCCUGAGGUGUCCAUCUCCCCUGAGGACCUGGCUGACCUCUACGACCUCUUCAAGACAGAGCACUUCAUCACCCUCUACUGGGGGGAGGGCGGUGGUGCAGCGCUGGCUCUACAGCACCACGACCCGGGGAGGCCCUACCAGGAGCAGUACCGUCUGGGCCGCGCCCAGUUCCAGAGCCUGUACGGCCUGCUGGUGCCCUGGCUGUGUGAGCAGCAGCACAGUGACACCGUGGCCAACCGCACCUUCAACCUGCUGGACCAGGACAAGGACAACCUCGUCACCUUCAGAGAGUUUGCCGGCUGGCUCGACACACUUUACUGCGAGGAUCUGAACGAGAGGAUAAGACUGCUCUACUGCCUACACAUUCCACCAGCGCUGACUGAGACGGAGGAAGACUGCCGUGGGAUGAAGGGUCCCGUGGUGUCCACCAACAGACCGCUGUAUGUGGACCGUCCCCCAGUGGUAUCAGAGGAGGUGACAGACUACCAGGAGCAACUGAAGCGCAUGUUGAAGGACCUAAUGAAGGAGAAGGAUGCGGAAAAACCACUUCCACUCAUGAACCAGCGUGAGUUCAUCCAGUUCUGCAAGACGUUGUACAGCAUGUUCCACGGUGACCCCGGCGAGAGCGAGCUCUUCCAGGCCAUCGCCACGGUUACAAGCCUGGUGCUGCAGAUCGGCGAGGUGGGCCACCGCGGGCGCCACCGCCUGGGGUCGGAGCUCAGCGACCAGGAAGAGGCGGGGCUUGGACAGGAAGUGGCAGUGACCCAGCAGGAGGAGGGGGAGGGGGACUGGAUGGUGAGCUUCGCCCAGAUCCUGGCCUCCCUGCUGACUGAAGCCCCUCUGGUGUUCUUCUUUGAGAAGCCUGUGGACCUGGCGGCUAAGAUCUCCCAGGCCAAGGAGGUCCAGUACCACCAGAGGGCCGCCAUACUGGCCCUCAAUCGCUGAGCCAAUCAUCUCGCCGAUCGCUGGAACCUUCCCUGGUAGGACCCCGUCGGAGGCCACACCUGGCCGACCAAUCCAACGCUGAGAGUAAACCUAGCCUGCACCAUGUAGCAAAGACCCCUGGUCUUGAAUGUGUUCUGGAGGGUUGACCAUCCAGAGGCCAUUUGGGGAGCUGGUGGCUGCUAGGUGGGAGCUAGGGCUGCAAGAUGGCAGAGAUUCGGAGCUCAGCUGUGGAGCUCCAACAAUACAAACAUGGAAAGAUACUGAAUCCAACCAAAUGUACAACUCCUGUCCAAUGCCUGAGUACUGGUGCCUUCUACUGGGAUUGCCCUCAUUAGGGUAUGCUUCAUCGGUUGUGUAAAGAAGGGUUCCUUGGCUCUUAAAUUGGUCCAGUUAGCAUUUCUAAAGUGUGCCACUCCAGUGUGCAUAACUCUGGGAAGGUUUGACGACAGAACAGUGACUUCAUUUAAACUAAAGCCCUUGAAUCCAUCCCAUCAUGUCUCUGCUACGUCCACCAAUCAGAAAACAGUACACAACUAACGCUACUGCUGAAUGUGAAACUAAUUAGCUUUCAUUUUUGCCACUUUUUAAGAAACAAGCUGAGAUGAUACACACCAAAUGUCAGGAUAUUAUAUUACUAUAUUUUGUACUUUAAUUGUUUUCCUUUUUAAUGCCUUCUACCUGUUUUACAUAAUGUAAAUCAACAUUUUCCGCCUGCAUCUCCCUGACAAAACGGGAACAAUUACUUUCUCCUACAUUGCCUAAUCUUCAUCUAGACCAGGGUUCAGUGUUUAUUAUCCAUAUAUUUACUGCCAAAUGUUGCAGUUGUGCCUGAGAAGAAAGCUGUGAUACUGAAUCUGUGCCUGUUAGUCCGUCUGCUGUUCUGGUUCCAUGUGUCAAAAUGUUCUUUUGAGGACAACAUUCAAACUGAACAACGGCAAUGAGCUCUCCUGUGCCUGAUAACUUUACGAGUAUUUAUUCCCUUAACUACUUUGACUAGUAGGACAAUAAUGGGUACACCUCAUCAUGGAACACAAUCAUGUCAAGAAUGGUUAGUGAUAGUACGACCUCAGCUAGAUUGUCAAAAAUGUCACAUGUGUUGUUACACAAUAAAACAAACCGAAAAUCA